AUGUUGGAUGUGCCAACCAGGAAUGAGGCACUGCUGGACUUGCUACUCACAAACCAAGAAAACCUGCUUUCUAGUAUCUCGGUUAGCGAUAGCCUUGGCUGCAGUGAUCACAAUGUUGUGGAGCACGGGAUCCUGCUGAGCACACUGAAGGUUAGUACUAAGACAAAGGGUUUAGAUUUUAGAAAAGCGAACUUCAGCUCACUCAGAGCUCAGUUGGGAGGGAUUCCAUGGGAAGCUUCCAUGGAGGAUAAAGGAGCUAGCGAGUGCUGGGAGUUUUUCAAGAACGCUCUCCUGGAAGCACAAAACCAGUUCAUCCCCUUUAAAGAGAGAAGCGUACCAGAGAUGCAAAAGCAAAUACCCAUUGAGAACUACAAGGGCAUUGCCAGGACGUGCAGAGAUGCAGUUAGAAAAGCAAAAGCUCAGCUCAAAUUGAAAUUGGCCAGAGAUGUCAAAAACUACAAGAAAGGAUUCUUCAGGUACAUAAACAACAAGCAGAAACAGAAGGAAAAUAUCAGCCCACUAUUAAACAGGAGAGGUGAAUCAGUCACCAACAAUGCUGAAAAGGCAGAGGUUCUCAACAAUUUCUUCACCUCUGUCUUUACCAGCACUGUUGGGCCCCAGGCCUUGGGAACAAAAAUCCAGGUUGAUGCAAACACAGACCCACCAUCAGUGAAGGAAGAGUUGGUAUGUGAACUAUUACAGGAGCAUGACCCUUACAAAUCGAUGGGCCCUGACAUUAUCCACCCGAGGGUGUUAAGAGAGCUGGCUGACAUCGUUGUGAGGCUGCACUCCAUAAUCUUUGAGAGGUCGUGGAGAUCGGGGGACGUCCCAGAAGACUGGAAGAAGGCUAACGUCACCCCCAUCUACAAGAAGGGCUUAAAGGAGGAUCCAGGAAAUUAUAGGCCCAUCAGUCUUACUUCAGUCCCUGGGAAAGUUAUGGAACAAAUCCUCCUGGGGGCUAUCGCAAGUCAAAUUAAGCACAUGAUUGGGAAAAGCCAGCACGGAUUCACCAAGGGCAAAUUGUGCUUGACAAACCUGAUAGCCUUCUACAACAAAGUAACCUGCUCAGUUGAUGUGGGGCGAGCAGUGGACAUUGUCUACCCGGAUUUUUCCAAGGCUUUCAAUAUGGUUUCCCACAGCCUCCUCCUAGAGAAACUGAUAUGUUACGGUCUAGACAAGUGGUCCGUGUGGUGGGUGGGGAACUGGCUGGCAGGCCGUACCCAGAGGGUGGUGGUAAAUAGCUCCUUUUCAAACUGGCCACCUGUCACAAGUGGGGUCCCCCAGGGAUCGAUAUUGGGCCCAACGGUGUUUAAUAUCUUCGUAAGUGAUCUGGAUGAUGGGAUCAAGUGUACCCUGACGUAGUUUGCCGAUGAUACCAAACUGAGUGAGGAACUGGACACUUCGGAAGGGAGAGCCACCCUGCAGGAAAACCUGGAUAGUCUGGAAGAGAGGGCUAACAAGAACCUUAUGAAGUUCAACAAGGACAAGUGUAAGGUCUUGCAUCUGGGAAAACACAAUCCAGGAGCGCAGCACAGGCUGGGAACUACCCAGCUGGGGAGCAGCUCUGUGGAAAGGAACCUGGAGAUGCUGGCGGACAACAAGCUCAAUAUGAGUGAACAGUGUGCUGCUGCAGCAAAGAAGGCCAACAGGAUGCUGGGUUGCAUCAACGAGGGCAUCACCAGCAGAUAUAAAGUCAUUAUCCCACUCUACUCAGUGCCUGUGCUGGAUCUCCAUCUCCUCUUCCCUGCUGCAGCAGAAAACAGAACAUCUGAUCUCCAACUUCACCACGUCUACCACGAGUUGCCCCAAGCUGCUCAGAGCAGCUCUAGGCCACCCAUAAAAACGUCUCUGUCACACUCUCCCAUCAGCAUAGUCUCACGUCCUGACUUGGGAACUGUCCCAACAGGGAGUUGA